AUGCAUCCAAUCAAUCGCUCAGCUGGGCGAACUGUCCAUAUCUACAAUACCAAUGACCCUGAUACCGUGCUCGGUGGUCUGGUACUCACUCCUGGCGUUACAAACUCCAACUUCUACGCUAUGGUGAAGAUUCUGUUCAUAUUUUCAGGCCCGUUCUACCUACGAGUGGAGAACGGAGCAAGGAUUGAGAAGGAUGAUAACCCGCUUCGUCCUGGAAGGUAUCAUAUUAUUUCCGACGCUUCUUUUGAUGUCAAUAACGAGCCAUGGCUCGUCCGAACGAUCAGCUGUGCUUCUGGAUCUCGUGCCGCCGCCUUUACCGAAGCCGUUCGUUCUCGAGAUCGUCGAUGUAUUAUUUCUGGGGCCAAUGUGUAUACAUUUGAUGGCGUUGAUUUCUGGAACGGCUUUGAAGCGGCGCAUGUUUUUCCGCUAGCCUAUGAAGGCUACUGGGUCGAGCGCGGCUACGGCAGGUGGAUUACAAUGCAACCAACAAUAGGAGGAUCUAUCAACUCAGUGCAAAACGGAAUGUUGCUUGCUUCUGAUAUACACCAACUCUUUGAUGCUUAUGACUUCUCGAUCAACCCAGAUGACAACUAUAAAGUUGUGGUCUUCAGACCUAACUCAAGAGUUGUUGGUGACCAACAUCUCGAUCCAACGUAUUUUUCUCGCCCAGAUGCACCCGUCGAUUCACUUCUACGAUGGCACUACAGACAGGCCGUCUUGGCCAACAUGAGGGGUGCUGGGGAGCCGGUCUUUGAACAUGACUUUCCACCUGGCUCAGACAUUGUUGGCGUCAUACUCCAUGGCCCGAAAGCUGCUGAAAGGAUGGAAUUCGAACUGUUUAGCCGCUUCGGUGCUCAAAUGGAGUUGUUCUCGUAG